UGUCAUUUUAUAGUGAUCAUAUCUAUUUUUAAUGUCAAUCUAUAUUUUAUGAUGAAGCGCAUAUGCGAAUUCGAUAAACGCCCCCGAGAUUAUAAUCUAAUUGUGGUAGGUGGCUCGCCACCGGGGUUAGCAUGUGCUAAGAAGGCAGCUUCAUUAGGUGCAAACGUUGCAGUCUUUGCUAAUCUCUCGAAUACAGAAGAAGUCCUACAACAGGAAAUGUUUUUGGAAAUGCUAUAUCAUGCAGGAAAACACCGGACUUUGUUGAAGGAGGCACAAAACUACAGCUGGAAAUUUGGUCUGCAUCUCCUAAAGCCGGUUCUACUCCAAAAACUUCAAGAGUUAAAAAAAGUUACGAGAGAGAAGUGUAAAAAACGUUUGGAGUGUUUCCUCGACAAAAAGAGGAUUGACUACUAUGUCAAUUGUAAGUUAAUACUUGGUUAUCCUAUCACAGUUGCCGUGAGCGACUAUCCUGAGGACUUUUUCACAAGCACUUAUAUGGUCCUUGCGCCUAUUGGUACUUACGAGUAUCCAGAUAUAUAUGGGGCGAAGCUUGGACUGUUGCCAAAAGACUUAAUGGAAAUGGAGCAAAUUGACGGGAACAUUUUAAUCGCUGGAGGGGGAAGUGAUGCCCUGGAGUUAGCAAGUUCUUUCAUCCAGAUGGGUCAGAGCACUACAUUGAUUUCACGAAGUGGAGUGACAUCUUGCUUUGAUGAUCAAAUGAUGACCCUUUACGUAAAAACUCUUAUGGAGAAUGGAUUGAAAUUGUUUUUGAAGACAAUUAUCAAAUGUCUCAAAAAGACGGAGGAUAACAAGAUUCAGGUUGAAUACAUUACUUUGAGCAAAUCUUGGAAAGGUUGCCAAAUAUUCGAUUACGUCAUAUUCGUGGAAAAGCCUUUUGUCAAUUUGAAACGUUUGAAGCUUCAAAAACUCAACUUGAAGACAAUUUUCAACACUAUUCCAACAAAUAAGGAAUUAGAGACAAACAUUCGGAAUGUUUUUGCUAUUGGGCCCGCCUUGCAGCACUCAACAUUUAAUAGAGGGGUUGACAUUCAAAUGGGCAAGAACCUAGCAAGACACCUGUUCCUGAGCAGAAAAAUCGAGAUCCUGGAAAUAAAUGAUAAAACUGGAGUGAUCAGGGGACCGAUUGUGGACUAUUCGUUUACAGGUCUGACAGAAAAUGCAGCAACACUACUCUAUGGUGCUGACAAUUUGGAGGUUUACCACGGUUACUACAAGCCCACUGAGUAUGGCAUUGCAAAAAAGUCACAUGAUUAUUGCUACCUUAAAAUAAUUUGUUUGAAAACCAAGGACGAACUCGUUAUAGGUAUGCACAUUUUGGGACCUUACGCAGCAACUAUCAUGCAAGGAUAUACAGCAGCGAUGAGAAGUGGGGUAACAUACAGUAGGCUUGCCAAUUUAGCUGGCAUCUUUCCAACGGUUGCCCGGGAAUUCACUUUGGUAAAUAUUACAAAAAGAUCCGGUGUGGAGCCAAAAUUGCAAAGUUGCUGCAGUUGAAAAUUUCUACUUCUUAUUUGGUGGUUUGACUUUUACAAAUAUGGUAAUAUGUGUGGAAA